AUGCUGUGUCUUUACACCUUCCUCAUGUCCUUUCUAGAAUCCAUCUACCGCCGUGGAGCCAGAAGAUGGAGGAAGCUGUACCGCGCCAACGGCCACCUCUUCCAAGCCAAGCGCUUUAACAGGAGAGCGUACUGCGGCCAGUGCAGCGAGAGGAUAUGGGGCCUGGCCAGGCAGGGCUACAGGUGCAUCAACUGCAAACUGCUGGUCCAUAAGCGCUGCCACGUCCUCGUCCCGCUGACCUGCAGAAGGCAUAUGGAUUCUGUCAUGCCUUCCCAAGAACCUCCGGUAGACGGCAAAAAUGACGACGUGGACCUUCCUUCUGAGGACACUGAUGGAAUUGCUUAUAUCUCUUCCACCCGGAAGCAUGACAACAUUAAAGAUGAUUCUGAGGACCUCAAGCCGGUUAUCGACGGCAUGGACAGCAUCAAAAUCUCUCAGGGGCUCGGGCUGCAGGACUUCGACCUGAUCAGGGUCAUCGGGCGCGGGAGCUAUGCCAAGGUCCUCCUGGUGCGGCUGAAGAAGAACGACCAGGUGUACGCCAUGAAGGUGGUGAAGAAGGAGCUGGUGCACGACGAUGAGGUGAGCGUGCGGGCGCAGGCCGAGCCCAGCGGGUGA